CUCCUACUUUCCACUUGAAGACAUUGUUUCUCUUCCCUCUAUGCUGGGAGACCAGAAGUCAACAAGAGAAGGGUGUGGCAGCUGGAUCCCCGGUUCUGCUUGUCUGAAGUAUCUGCUGGGGUUCUUUCGUCCUGCAGAAAACAAUGGAGACCCGGUGGGGACUCCCCUGUCUCAUGUUCCUGUGUUUUUGGAUGCACGUCCGAGGUCAAGGAGACUUUGACUUAGCCGACGCCCUCGACGACCCAGAACCCACCAAGAAGCCCAACUCAGAUAUCUACCCAAAGCCAAAGCCACCUUAUCACCCACAGCCUGGAAGUCCAGACAACAGUGGAAAUAUCUACCCAAGGCCAAAACCCCACCCUCACCCGCAGCCUGGAAAUCCUGGCAAUAGUGGAGGUUACUAUAAUGACGUGGACCGUGAUGAUGGACGCUACCCACCCAGGCCCAAGCCCAGGCCACCUGCAGGGGGAGGCGGCGGCGGCUACCCUAAUUACGAUGGCUACGGAAACAGUCAUGGUGGAGAUGGCCAUUUAACCUAUGACAACUCUCACGGAAACAAGGUAGCCGGAAUCGUGUCUCCCAUCGUGUCUGUGGUGGUAGCUUUGCUGGUGGGGGCAGCGGCCAGCUAUUACAGAUCAAACAGGAGGAGUAAUUGUUUCAGGACCAAUGAACCACAGAAUGUCUGAAGAUGUCAAGGUCUCCCAAUCACUUUGAGAAAAACUCCAGCAAGAUAAGAACCCCACGUAUCGCCCCUGUGGAAAGUAUAUUUUAUUCAUUGCAUAGGCCGCUUACCUAAAGUGUGUGCUCUUCUGCUGGAACCACGUGAACUGCCUCACAAGAAAUUCUCGGUUGGGGUGUAAUGAUAAUGAUACGUUAAACAGCUAGACCUUGUGUUGUAAAAAAAAAAAAAAAAAGGGCUUGAUGGGUUAGAUAGGUUGUUCAUUUGCACAGAGAGACCCCAGCUCUGUUCUGUUUUCUGCAACUACCUCGGUGCAAUAAUGCACAGAUGUUUAACCUUGUUGAUGGGGCCCUAAAGCACAACGGUGGUAAAACAGCACAGUCUCUUGAUGGUGGGAGGACGAAAUGUGAUCAGCUUCCGAGAGAUGAAGAAUACUGUUCAGGCUUCGAAGAAGCUAUGGUUUGAAACUCGACCUCUGCUAAAUUCCUCAGUGAUGUCAGAAGGGAUGAAGCAAACACUGUUGUGAGUGCUGUGGGUAUGACAUAUUCCCAGCACCAACCAUGGAGGUGAUUACCCUUUAAGCUUCAAUGUGUGCACACAAAAUGAUUAUUCCCUGCAGAAAAUAAGGCUGGAUUUUGACAUUUGAAAGUGCAAACUUGCUGAUGUUACAAUGAUCUAGGGGAAAUUGAUCUUGGGAUAUUUUUUUUUUUUUUUACCCAAGGAAAUGCUUACAGUUUUCAUAUGUCUUGAAAAGUAUGAGACAGAAAUAGUGAUUUUCAGAUGUUGAUCUUUUUCUUAGUAUUUUUAGUCUUUGAUACUCUAUAAGUACCACCUUCUAAGGCAACAAAAUAGAUUUCCUUGGUUGAUACUUUUUUUUAUUCACUGGAGUAGACAAUCUUAAAUCCUCAGAUAGCUAAAAAGUAUACGAUCUAUUCAGUUCUAUUUUAGUAGUACUUUGGGGAAGAAGAAAAAGUUGGUUUGAGCAUAUUUGUAUAGUUGGGUAAAACUUAGGUUGAUACAGCUUUUGGACUGUGCCCUAAACACAGCACCAACAAUUAAGACAUUAUUGCCAUCUGAAACUCAUAUUGAGGACUCACAAAUAUCCCAAACAUGCAUGUGUUGUGUUCACCAUUACGAAUUGGGAGGUAGGUCUCCAAAGAGAAUUGAAAGCAGAGAUUACUUAAAAGAGCUCCCCAAUUUUAGAAAGAACUUAAAACUUAUGAAUAGGAUUAGUCGUCCCAGAAUUGCACAUCUGACAGCACGGAUUUACAUAUGAUGUAAGCAAUUUUAAGACAGCCUGGACUUCCUAUUUUAAGGUGUGUGUCCUAUGAGCGUUCUCAGUUCUUGUAGAGGUGGAGACUGUUACCCGAUUAAGUUUUCUAUAUACGAGUUUCAGUGUGAGUUUAAUGUAAUUCUUGUUAAAAAGUGACUAUGUACACACACACACACACACACACACUCAUACAUGCACACAGGCAUGCAUAUCUACGUGGAAUCUAAACGUUUUUCAUGCUAAGUGCCUCUGUUCUGUGUAACUGUC